AUGGUCUCAGCUCUGCUUUUGCGCGCCCGCCAGAAUGGCCGAGCUACUCGAUAUCUCGAUCGACCUAAUAUCAAUUGCUGGGCACUUUCUUCCUUAACCAAACCGUCCCUUGGGAGACCAGGAUACUCCAAAACUCAGAACUUCUCGACCCUCCAACCGCGAUUGCAAGCGAACCUUGACCGGACUCGGAAUAUUGGUAUUAUAGCACACAUCGAUGCGGGUAAAACGACCACUACAGAGCGCAUGCUCUAUUAUAGCGGCUUCACAAGACGCAUAGGAGACGUGGAUGAGGGAUCUACGGUUACGGACUUCCUCCCUGCUGAACGUGCCCGGGGAAUCACUAUUCAGUCCGCUGCCAUCACCUUCCACUGGCCACCUGGGGAGAGCAACGAUGCUACACACCAUGACCCGCAAGCCCCGAAAUCUGCGUCGUCGCACCUGGUGAACUUGAUUGAUACUCCCGGCCAUGCUGACUUCACAUUCGAGGUCUUGCGGUCAUUGCGCAUUCUUGACGGCGCAGUGUGUAUCCUAGAUGGUGUAGCUGGUGUGGAAGCACAAACUGAGCAGGUUUGGCACCAAGCAAGCACGUAUAAUAUUCCCCGAAUUGUCUACGUGAAUAAAUUGGAUAGAGACGGUGCGGCGUUCGGUCGAACGGUACGGGAAGUCGCUUCUCGGCUUGGAGGAUGGCCCGCUGUCUGCCAGAUCCCGUGGUUUGAAGGAGGGAAUGGAAGCUUCGUUGGUGUUGCCGACGCUGUCAACCUACGAGGGCUCCGAUGGGGUGGAGGCGAUGGCAAGUCAGUGAAGACGUUCAACCUUCAGGAAUUGGACGAAGCUGAUAGUCAGCUUGCGCAAGAACUCCGCCGCGCGCGGAUAGCCCUAGUUGAACUGUUGAGUGAACACGACGACAUGAUUGUGGAAAAGUUCUUUGAAUGCGAAGAAGAUCAUCUACUGGUUUCAUCUGCUGAUAUAUUGGAUAGCCUGCGCCGUUGUCUUUUGGGAGGUAGCGGGAGGAAAAUUAUCCCGAUCUUUGCUGGUGCUAGUUUUCGCAACAUCGGCGUCCAACCGCUGCUCGACAAUGUCGUUGACCUCCUCCCCAGUCCACAGGAGACUCCAGACCCAGAGGUUAGUAUUGGAGGCGUCAAGGGGGGUCUCAGACGUUUGCUCUCAGGAGAUUUACUCGUGGAGCAGAAGGAGAAAGCGGUGCCAAAAGGCAAGCAGAAGAAGAAGUCCGCCAUAGUAGCUGAUAGCCGCAGUGCUAUCAAGCAGUUGCAUGGUUGUGGGCUGGCUUUCAAAGUGGUCAAUGAUGCGAAGCGAGGAGUUCUCGUAUAUGUUCGGGUUUACUCCGGCUCCUUGGAUCGGGGCAGUCUUUUGUAUAACACCAACCUAAACGUGUCGGAGCGCGCUCCUCGUCUUCUGAGAAUGUACGCCAAUGACGCUGUUGAGGCCGAAUCUAUCUCCGAGGGACAAAUCGGGGUUGUGGUGGGCCUGAAGCAUGCCCGGACCGGUGACACACUUGUUGCAUGCACUACCAACAAGCAGGUCCCUCCCGAACCUCUGAAUACUCUUCAGUUACGCCCUAUCGACGUACCGCCGCCCGUCUUCUUCGCAAGUGUCGAACCUCACAGCUUGUCCGAGGAGAAACGUAUGCACGAGUCGUUAGCUUUGCUCCUGCGUGAAGACCCUAGUCUUCAUGUAAGUAUCGACGAGGACUCCGGACAAACACUGUUGAGCGGAAUGGGAGAGCUUCACCUAGAGAUCGCUCGUGAUCGACUCAUCAACGACCUCAAAGCCAAGGCAACCAUGGGUCCCAUUGAGAUCAGUUACCGCGAAUGUCCACUAGGAACCUCUGGUCCCGUUACCAAGAUCUUCGACCGAGAGAUCGCAGGCCGCAAGGGUAAAGCAGGCUGCACCGCAUUGGUGGAACCCUUCGAUCCAGAAACCUCACUUCCCCCAGACCCAACAGCCCUCUCCAUCGACAUUGCAAACGGCAACCAAAUCAUCAUUCUCGCGCCCGAACUACAGAUCGAAACCAACAAGAAGGGCCUUGAAGAAAGCCCUAUUCUCCCCUCAGGCCUCGACGUGGAGGCCGUCCGCUCAGCCCUCCAAAACGGCUGCCUCGCAGCCCUCGCCCGCGGCCCACAAUUCACCUUCCCCAUGCACAACACCCGCGUCACCCUCACGCUCAACCCAACAGCCCACAUAUUCGGCAACGAUACAACGUCUGCCUCUCUUUCCGCCGCCGCCCGCCUCGCAACCUCCACAGCCCUCUCUAACCUCCUCUCCAAUCCGGCAUCCGCCUCAGCCACGCCGGGAACAUGCCUCAUGGAACCCCUCAUGAACGUAAUCAUUAGCAUCGACGAAGCCAGCCUCGGCGCCGUCGUCCACGAUAUCUCCUCCUCCCGCGGCGGCCACAUCGUCUCUCUAGACGAGGACAUCCCCAUCACAUCAACAGACCUCUCCACACCGAACACCGAAACCGUAGACCCCGACCUCGACCUUCCUCCGAUCGAUCCCGCCAAGGUCUAUGCGCCCCCUGACCCCUUCCAGUCGUCGACCGUGGUCGGUGCGCUCUCGUCCUCUGACUCGGGGAAUCGACCGCGUACUAUCACCGCUAAGGUCCCACUCAAGGAGAUGGUAGGGUAUCUUAAGCAUCUGAGGAGCUUGAGUGCGGGGCGAGGUACCUUUGUUAUGAGUGUUGAUCGAUUUGAGAAGAUGAGCCCUCCCAGGCAGAAAGCUGUGUUGACGGAGUUGAGAGGUGGGUAUUAG